CUGCAUGUGCGUAAUAUCGACCGCUUUUCCCCAACGCGCAACAUGCAAGGACCCUAGUGAAACACGGUGCAUAAAGCGACCCGCAACGACGACUGGCGCUUCUUCAACGCUCGUCGAAUACAGUCACAGCAAGCCGGCCUCUCUGCGACUCCUACCGGCUCAACGCUUCGUCACGUUUCGGUCCAGCCAGUUUGGGGAAAGGGAACACCCUCCUAAUACCUACAGAUAAUUCUGUCGACCCCUUAGAACCGCUCAACCGCCUAGCUGGACGUAAUAGUGCUGCCAAUUCACAGAAGAAGCAGCUGGAAACCCUCACCGAAACAGCAAUACCUGCAGCGUCAACCCACUCUCAAAGACCCUUUUAGCCGUUUGCGUCGUUCGCGAAACGAAGAAUGUCUGCUAUGGCUCCCAGCUGCGCAUGGCGGCCCACCACCACCACGAUAUCAACCGACAACAACAAACCCUCAACAGACCUCGUCCCCGCCUCCACCCGCUUCCCACCCUCAGUCACCUCCGAACGAAGAAGCAGGAAACCCUCCCAGUCCGCCGUGCUGUGCGCGCCAUGUACCGUGACCGUCUCCUUUGUGCCGUCUACUGAGGGAGGUGAAGGGGAGACGAUACGGAGGUGUCCGACGGCAGAGGCACGUAGGGCGGCGCUGUUCCCGAAUCACACCUCCCAACUCCAGUACUCUAUCCAUAAACCGGGCCGUCAUCUGAGGAGGGAGUUGGCGCUCGUCCUCCCCGACGCCCUCGACAAGAGUGCUGGGGGAGGCACCCCAUUCCCAACCGCAGCGCAACUCCGCCCCGAUCUACUAGUGAUCCCCCUCUUCCAACAAUCCGCACAUGAACUAGUAGCAGUAACCCCCGAAACCAACUGGGAACGCGACCUCCUCCUCGACUACGUCCACUCCCUCGCCACCCGCAUCGUCGCCAUCCUCUCCGCGCGGGGAUACUGGGCCGACCUCACCGACCCUGCGUCCGGCUACCCCUCCUUCAGCUCCCGCGGGACGUCGUUGUACCCGGAUGUGGAUGGUGCCGCGAGCUUGUUGAGGUAUGCGACGGUGCAGGCGGGGUGUUGUAGAGUGCUUGUGCAUCCGAAGUGGGGGACGAGGAGUUAUCCGAGUACGAUGUUUUGUGCCGCGCCGGUGGAGGUUGUGAGUGAGGUUGUGAGGGACGUUUGCGGGAGGAAGGUGCCGUUGGUGCAGGUGCGGUAGAGGUGGGCAGAGGGGACGUGCGUGUGUGUGGAUGGGGGUUUUUUUUUUGGGAUGUACUAUACCGUUGGAUAAUCAGUGGGAGUGUAAGGGAUGUGUAGAAGGAUGUUAUUGUUAUUGCACAUUUGGCAAAGAGACUGUGAAUGAGACAUCUUAGUUGAGCAAAGUGGAUACCGCCAUGGUUCUGCUCCUUCGUCGCAUAGUUGCAUCUGGUGGCGCCCAUAUUUUUGUCCCAUCAGAAGAAACGGUUUCGCAAGUACUGUACAUGCAGAUAGAUCGACCUCCUUUUGGACUGUCGGCGACGGGAUGGCGGAGUUGAUGCGGUUGAUGCCAGUCGGUUUUGGCCAGCAUCUCUAGCGUUACUCACGCCCGAGCCUUCCAUGUCCUGAUCGGCAGGCAGCACAUGAAGAAAGCGUCACAUGAGGGGCCCG